UUGGGAAGGUGUUGGGAUAUAAUUAAUAUUGGAACUAUGGAGAAUAGUCAAGAAGACCACACCCCCUCUGUUGCUAUGCCGACUGAAUUUUUAGCCAAGCGGCCAAGCGAGGGUAGUGAAGACAGCUCUCACUUUGAGAAAGAAGUGGACUUAAUGGAGAUUCAUGAGAAAUUACUCGUGAAUAAUCAGGAAGUCCAGCAAGUGCUGGGUAAUGGAGGGCUGAGUAAAGAGGAAAUACAGAGAGAGGUUACGGCCAAGAAUGAGUAUGCUAAGGAGUUACUUGAGGCUAUGAGGGAUCAGAUUAUUGAGUGAUACCAGAUGAUUGAGAAUAAUGCGGUGAAGAAGGUACAGGGGGUUGAGGAGAGGAAGGAUGUGGAUUUGAGUGUUCAGGAGAGUUAUCAGGAUUGAGAUGAUGAACUUGAUAGGGUGAGUGAGCAGUUUAGUGGGAUGAUUAGGCUGGGGUUGCCGGUGAAGAGAACUGUAGUGAAGUAUCAGAUUUUUAAGAUUAUUAAGGCUUUUGUGGGAAAGGAUUUAACGAAAUCAUCGCUUCCUGUCUUUCUUAAUGAGCCUUUGUCUCUUCUUCAAAGGAUGUCUGAAGUAGCAAAAUUCAUACAUUUAAUUGAGAAAGCAAUGAGAUUUACAGAUCCUAAUUUGAAGCUUGCAUAUAUUGGUCUUUGGGCUGCAUCAAAUUUUGCUGGUACAAGACAGAGACUUUUUAAACCUUUUAAUCCAAUCCUCGGCGAAACCUUCGAGCUAGAAUGUGCGAACUUCAAGCUAUAUGGAGAACAGUACUCUCACCAUCCUCCAAUUGGUGUGAUCUUCAUUGAUGCCCCUAAAUUUACACUAAGAGUAAGUUCGUGCUAUAAGACAUCAUUUUGGGGGAAAUACAUCGAUUUGGUCCCAACAUCACCAAUCGUCAUUGAGUGUAAAGAGACUGGUGAAAUUUAUGAAUGCUUCAUGCCAAAAUCGUGAAUUCAGAACAUCAUUAUUGGAAACAUGUACAUCGAUCAUUAUGGAAUUAUUAAGAUUAUCAACAGAAGCACCAAAAAGAAAUUUGAGCUAAACAUCUCUGGAUUUUCAGGAUGGUUCAAGAAAGCUGAUCAAAGAGGUAGGGUUACAGGAACACUUUAUGAAAAAGAAGGCGACCAAGAGCCGAUAGUUGAGAUCAGAGGCAACUGGGAUGACCAACUUUCCCUUAAAUAUUACAAAUCUAAGCAUCCUAGAUUUCAGAAAAUAUGGAAGAAGGACCCUGAGCCUAAAAAUUGGGAUGACAUUUAUAAACUCUCGAUCUUUUCCUUACAAUUGAAUAAAAUUUCUAAGAAGAAUAAGAGAACUCUUCCUCCAACAGAUUCAAGGUUCAGGCCCGACCAGAGAGCUUUAGAAAAUGGAGAUCUUGAUCUUGCUGAAACUGAGAAAAAGAGACUUGAAGAAAAACAAAGGCAAGAGAAAAAGCAGAGAGAUGCUAAUGAAGAGGAGUACAAGCCGAGAUAUUUCCAACAAGUAGUUGUUGAUAGAGUAGAUACCCAAGGGACUUAUGAAGAUUAUGUCCCUUGCUGAGAUUAUUGGAAAGAGAAAGCGAACUUUACUUUAAAUAUAUUCUAA